UUUACAUGGAUCCCUAAAACGCUUUCUGAUGUAGUCUACUCUCGUAAUUAGCUCCCGUAUGGAAUGGAUGACAUAUCGGAAGCCUAGGCUAUUCCUGUAAGACCUGAGCCGCAACCGCUCCCCGUCACAUACACAAACAACCAACCGGGAAUCACCGGGAAUCAGGGGGUGCCUUUUUUGGUUUCUUUUCUUUUACGGAGAAAUAGUCUACAGAGGCUCGAGAGGGAGAACAUACGAAAACUCCUUACCGAUAUGGCAGAGGCGAAUAUUUCGGUAACAGAGAGACAAUUCAGGUGCCCUAUUUGCCUGGAUAUCUUGAAGGAUCCGGUGUCCAUUCCGUGCGGACACACCUACUGCAUGGCAUGCAUGAACUGUUAUUGGGACCAAACCGACCUUGGUCACUACAGUUGUCCGCAAUGUCGGGAAGAGUUUAUACCUCGACCGGUGCUACGGCGGAACACGGUGCUACAAGAGGUAGUGGACAAACUCAAACUGAACGAACUAGUUACGGCGCCGGAGUUGUAUCUAGGCGGCGUAGGGGACGUUCCGUGCGACUUCUGCCCGGUUCAGAACAAACUGAAAGCGCUCAAGUCGUGUCUGGUGUGCUUGGCGUCUUUCUGCGAGCUCCACGUCUUGCCGCACCGCGACGUGGGGACGUUGCGGCGGCAUAAACUUGUUGCCGCGGUGGAGAGCUUGGCGGAAAGGCUGUGCGCGCAGCACCGUUUGGGCCUGGAGCAGGGCGGCGACGGGGGCGAUGCGGUGGAGUGGAGCGGCGAGUGUUUGCUGUGCGAGUCUAACCAAGAGGAACUGCACAGCAUCGACGAGCAAAGGGCGCGGAAACAGGUAUUGCAGGAUUCUCAGAGGUCAGUACAGGGGAGAAUCAGGAGUAGAGAGAGGGAGCUGGGAGAGUUUCAACAGAGCAUAGAGGCCGUCAAGACAUCAGCUGCGUUAGUCCUGGAGGACAGCAAUAUCCUGUUUGUGGACCUGGCCCUCCGUCUGGAGAGGACCAGGGGGGAGGUGAGGGCCAGGCUGGAAGCCCGGGAGAGAACUGUCCUGGGCAGGGCAGAGAGAGAGCUGGAGACCCUGGAGAAAGAACUGGAGGAGCUGCGGAGGAGAGACCAGGCAAUGGGCCAGCUACUGACGGAGGAUAAUGCUCAGUUCUUACAGGCGGCUCCCCUGCUGUGUGUCCUCCCACCCACUGGGCGGCGCCACCGAGCCCCUCUCAUCCUUCCCGCAGAAGGCUUCAGUGCAGCCCGCAGAGCUCUGUCCCACCUCAGGGCCCGGAUGGAGGAACUCUGUAGAGAGGAAGUGGACAAGAUCAGCCGCGCAGUGAACGAGAGCUCCUCUGUCUGUCACAUGUCUGGUGGAGAGUGUUUGAAAGCAGUGCCUGCAUCGUUUCCUCUCUCCCCCCUCUCUCUCCAGCCCUCGGACCAGAGGAUGAGAGUAUCCUUCCUCAAGUGCUCCUGUCGUCUGUCCCUGGAUCCAGACACGGCCCACCCCACCCUGUUCCUCUUGGAGGGUCCCCAGGGGGCUCACUGUGGAGAGGAGCCCCAGUCCUACCCCCUCCACCCCUUGCGCUUCGACUCCGUGGCCCAGGUCCUCUGUAGGGAGGGCCAGUUUGGAGGGGCCAGCUACUGGGAGGUGGAGUGGAGGGGAGGAGGGUGGGUGGACAUUGGGAUGACGUACAAAGGGAUCGGACGUAAAGGAGGCGGAAAACCCUGUCUGCUGGGACGGAACGAGAACUCAUGGCGUCUGAGAUGCACGCACGCCGGGUACGCCGCGUGGCACGAUAACCGGAAGAUGACCGUAGCUGCGCCCCUGUGCCCGCGGAUCGGCGUGUUUCUGGAACACCAGAAGGGAGCGUUGUCAUUCUAUAGUGUGGCGUCGGACGCGGUUUCCCUGCUCCACACGUUCAGGGGUCCGUUCUCUCAGCCGCUCUACCCAGCGUUUCGGUUGGACCUGGACGCCACACUGUUGAUAUGUCCACAUGAAACACACAACGGGAACUAACCUCUUCUGUUUCUGGAUCUCUUAUUUCCACCCAAUGGGAACUCUUCCUGCGUACUGCCGAACAAAUACCAUUGAUUACAAGUAAACACAAAUGGUCUUUUCUGCCCCAGAAAGGACUCAACAUGAACCCUACCUAACUCUUUACUGCUCCCGAACCUCUCUCUUUCUGAACACCUUCUCUCGACCCAAUGGGAACCCAUCCUAGAGCCCAAACCUAACUCUGCUGCCCUCUCUUGUUAUGGCCAGACCCCUGCUUUAGCUUUACCGGGUACCUCAACUCCUCCACUGUUUUUUAAAAUGAACCCCCUAAAAGCUACAACCAACAACUGAUUGUUUACUCAUUGCUGUUGCUCUACAUUUCAGUCAUUUAGCACACGCUCUUAUCCAGGGCAACGUACAGGAGCAAUUAAGGUUAAAUGCCUUACUCAAGGGAACAAUCGACAGAUUUUUAACUUAGUCAGCUCGGGGAUUCAAACCAGCAACCUUUCAGUUACUGGCCCAACACUCUUAACCGCUCGGCUACCUGCCUCCCUGAAAUGUCGACUCAAGAUGUCAACUCAGCAUAGGUCCACGGUAAGGGAUUAAUCAUUUACAUUGACAUCAAUCAAUAAUUUUUGAAGUAUCGUUGCCAAAAAAACUCUAAUCUGUGCUCAACUCCGUGGAGGCAUUGUGUUACUUGGAUAGCCUUCCCUAGGCCUAUCUCAAGUCACCAAACUAGUGAUGCUGAUAAUACAAUGUUUUUGUGUAAGGAGAGUCUGAACUGAGCAGCAUAUUGUAUGUAUGCAUGGCCUCUCCAUUCAAAUAUCAUUCACAAUGUGGCCCUAUUGUAAACAAAGACUUCACUUCAGCAGCCAUGAAGACAUCUUGAUCAAUCACCCUAUUCUAUUGAUCACUGUGACUGUUACUUAACAAUAACAUCAUGUGAAAAAUAAGCUCAGGUCAAUCCAACUAAAUGCAAUGUAGCCGAAUGUCGAAUGUAGCUAUUUCAAAAUACUAUUAGUUGGAAAGGUUUUGAAUGCCAGUAUAUCAUCAUGAAGGGACAUUGAAGGAAAUAUGUAUUUGCUAUAAAGUGCAUUAUUUCAUGAGUUAUAGUCAAGACGAAUAGUGGGAUAGGCUAUGCUGGGUAGCCUAUGGUUUCUAUGGCCCCAUCUCUCUCUACCUCCCCAUUCCUUCAAUCAUUUAUUUCUCUGUGACUAUUACAAUGAAUGCGUAGCUUUGUAUUCAUGU